GGAUAUAUACCGAAAUUUAUGCAGAGUUUUUUAUCGGAUGGACAAAUUUCUGAAGCUGUUCCUUCCAAUCUAGAAUUAUGGAGAAGGAAGUAAUCGAUCCGUUUAGCUGGUUAAGUCCAAUUGGUGAUGGUGCAUUGUCAAAACCAUCUUGGUGGAACUUUUAGUCUUGGCAGUCGAAUGGUUAACAUGUAGGAAUAGUAUUCAAAGGUGAAGAGGCUUGGGAUAUUUGAAAUGUUUGGAGAGGGAUGGAGGAAGAGCACAUGAGCUUUCUAGGCAAUGGAAAAUGGCUCAGAUUGUGCAACAUCUUGCUGAAGAAACAGUUGAAUCAACAAAAAGAAUACAACACCUGAAAGGAAAUAUGAGUUCGUUAGCCUUCAGAAAAAUGUCAAAUCUUGUUUCCUAUUAAGGGGCAGCAAUGGCUUGUCGGACUUUCCUCCUUUUAAUUUUCCUGCAACAGACUUCAAUAAUCUGGCUCGUAGUCUUAGGAAACAUGCAGUUACUAUAUCCUGCAUCUACCUCCCUUAUUCCCAAAUUUUCCUUCUAUGACGUGAGCUCUUCAAGCGGACGAAAAGAUAUGAGGCCUGCUGAUCAUUGUCCACAUAAUGUUAAUUCUUCUUUCACACCGACCAAAACGAUUGAAGAUGAAUGGUCCGUGAAACGAUUGAAGAAAGAUGAUGUAGAUAUCUUGGAAAGUAUUGUACAGAUCAAAGAAGCCGAGGCACGAAUGAUUCAGAGUCUUGCAAAUGAUGCACUAGGAGAGGUAGGGAGUUUGAGGCGUCUGACUAGGCCGAAGAGCGAGAUACUGGAAGAAGAGUAUUCCGAAUGACCCUCCAAACUGAGCUUGCUGGAAACUGAGAAAAGGAGUUGAAAUUUUUUGGAAGAGCUCUAGACUUUGGAGAAUUUGCAUUGCGAUUACAACGAGAUGAAAAUGCAAUUGCAUAUGGAGAUUUCAGGCUUGUUAAGUAGAAAGGAAGCAGCCAAACAGCCAUUGAUAUAAUGGUUAGUGGUCAGUCAAAUGCUUUGAGAGGAAGAGGUUCGGGAUAUUUGAAACGUUAUGGAGGAAAUGCACAUAAGCUUACUAGGCAAGAGAAUUGCGGAAAAGGAACUAUUCGAUCAGUUCAUAGCAGGUUUAGGCCAAUUGGUGACGGUGGUGUUGCAUUGUCAAACCAUGUUGGUGGAACAUGGUUUGACAAUCGAGUGGUCGAUAAGGAAACAUGUAGUGAUCGUAUUCAUAGGACUACAAGCUCGAAUAACAAUUCAAUUUUCCUAUCCAACUUGUCUGCGAGACCUAGAGUUGUUGAUGGUCUGUCAAGGGAUUCGAGGAAAAGAGGCUCGGGAUAUUUGAAACGUUUGGAGAAAAGAGAUGAAGGAGGAGCAUAUAAGUUUUCUAGGCAACAGAAAAUACUUAGAAGAAUAGUGUCAGAGCCUAUUCCUCUUAUGGCUCAGAUUAUGCAACAACUUGAUGACGAAACAGUUGACACAACAAAAGAAUACUUGAGGAACCUAAUAACAAUGCCGGAAGGGAUAUAUGAGUUUGUUAGCCUUCAGAACAGGCUUGAUGAGAGAUCUGAUCUUACCAAUCAGACUCUCUUGAACUGCCAUAAGAUCCAACUAGAAUUUUUGGUUUCAAUAAGAACAGGUCUUGGAAGCUUCUUAUUGGAAAACACCCACCUUCUAACAUCAGAAUUGGUUGAAAUUUUCUUACUUGAAAGGUGUCGAAACAUUAAUUGCAGGAGGAUUUUGCCUAUUGAGGAUCGCGGUUGCAAGAUUUGUUCAACGAAGAAGGGAUUCUGCAGCGAAUGCAUGUGUCUUGUGUGUCUGAAAUUCGACUGUGCCAAUAAUACUUGCAGUUGGGUAGGGUGUGAUGCAUGCUUGCAUUGGUGUCAUGCUGUUUGUGGUAUUCGUCGAAAUCUUAUAAAGCCAGGUCCAAGUCUCAAAGGACCCUCUGGGACAACCGAGAUGCAAUUUUACUGUCUGGGAUGUGGUCAUGCCUCGGAAAUGUUUGGCUUCAUUAAGGAUGUGUUCAUAUCUUGUGCGAAUGAAUGGGGUGAGGAGACCCUGAUAAAAGAGCUUGAUUAUGUUCGGAAAAUCUUCCAAGGGAGUGAAGAUUUUAAAGGCAAGGAGUUACAUGUUAAGGCAGAUGUCUUGCAUACAAAGCUAGCUACAAAGAUGAUUUCCCCUUCAGACGCCUGCAAUUUUAUAUUUCAGUUUUUCAGCGCUAUCAAAACGAUUGAAGAUGAACGGUCAGUGAAACGAUCGAAGAAAGAUGAGGUCGAUGGCUUGGGAAGCAUUGUACGCAUCAAAGAAUUAGAGGCACAACUGUUUCAGAGUCGUGCAGCUGAUGCACGAGGAGAGGCAGUGAGUUUAAGGCGGUUGGCUCGGCUGGAGAGUAAGAAACUGAACGAAAUGUAUUAUGAAAAACUCUCCAAAUUGCGCUUGCAGGAAACGGAGGAAAGGAGGAGGAAAAAAUUGGAAGAGCUUAAAACCUUGGAGAAUUCUCAUUCCUGUUAUUGUGAGAUGAAGAUGAAAUUGGAUACGGAGGUUGCAUGCUUAUUAAACAAAAUGGAAGCCGUCAAACGGCUAUUGGAUAGUGUAUGGAAUAAGAAUGCGAGGAUUAAUAAUAAAUCGGGCGUAAUUACUAAUCUUGUAUAAGUCAUACUUCUAUAAACUCUUGAACGAAGAGAGGGACAUAGACAUUGUGCUGGGGAUUUGGAGCACUCAGAGAAGCAUCACAAUUG